AUGAACGCGGGGGGUCUUGGAGAGACUCGGGAACGAGACGAAGAAACCGCUCCAGGCAACAACCCUGUUGAAGCACAGCGACCACGGAACUCGAUCUCGUCAUUCAUAUUCAUAUCCUUUAUUCUAUUUCUCUUAACGAACCAUAAUGGUGCGGAACUAGUAGCUCAGAACCAGUACCGGGAUGCGCUGCGGUCGUAUAACUGGCAGCUGGGGAACUAUUCGGCGUGGCUGAACGGAACGGAGAGUAAUUUCACUCUGCCAGAGACCGAGCCUUUGCUGGAACCUCUGAUCCACUCUUUCGUUGCUCCGGGGAAUGAGCUGAAUCCGUCCACGUCCUCGUACUACUCUAAUAUCACCGGAUACAUCCAAUGCACUCUCCAUUUCCACAACAUCACCACUCCACAUUCGUUCAAUAGCUCCGAAAUGCCCUUGCCAGCAUGGGCGCCGCUGGCGGACAGCCUCAUGAAAGGUGCGAAUAUGACUGAACUCGUCGAAAGAGUGAGUGUGGGCGGGUGGAAUCUGUCUGCGCCGAAGAAGCUAGGAUGGAAUGGCGCUGAGAAGUUCGCUCCGACGAGCUGGCGGUUCAAUUCAUCGACGCCUCGGGAGGAUGUCGCUAUGGUCCAUGGACGUAUGGAUAUGACAGACCCCAACACGGGCGCAGAGUUCCGCCUGACAUUCGAAGGAGUGCAUUUCCUGAAGAACGGUUCGGUAUACGGACUGGCGGAACCGGGAGACAUCAGCCCUGAUAUCCGACUGUUGCCUGGUGUUGUCCCGCAACCGUACAAAAAUCUUACGGCGCAGCUAGUGGAACCUGAGAUGGCGAGGCGGGUCGCGCGGCUCCAGGCUCAGCUCGAUAGCGGGACGAUGGACUUCAGCGUCAUAAACGACGAUCAAUCGCAGUCGCGCCCUCGCUGCUCGCUCACUCUCUUCAUGCAAUUGAAGCCUACCUCUAUUCCUCGCGACCGCAUGAGAGAGCUGGAAGCAGAGAUGCUCAAUCCUACCGGUAUCACGACCGUGAAGGACCCCGGAAUUAAGAUCGAGGGGGUUCUGGUGAGCAAAGAAUGCGGAUUUGUAUGGGAACUGCAGGACGGCGAAGGCGUGAGGAGUGCUGCUUGGUUCAGAAUGGUCACUACAUAUGCGGGGAUUGCAGCGCUCGUGUACCUGUGCCUGCUCGGCCUUCUCGCACGUCAAAUGAAUGUAUCAAAUACGCCGACCAACUUGUCCCGGCUGUCUCGGUGGUCCUUCUUGACGCAGGCCUUAGCCGAUUCAAUAUUCUUUGCUGGGCAUAUUACCUUCGCUGUAGUCACCGAAGGGAAGCCGUCCGUCUCUUUGGCCGCUCCUGCAUUCCUAGCGUGUCUCUUGUUCGUUUACGAGGCGCAAUUUGCCAUCUUGAUCUUCCAGAUCCAGGCUCCAGAGGACUCCGCGCCUGUACCGGCUCCUGCCGCAGCUAGGCAAGCAGGAGAAUCCGGGGAUGCGAGCCAACAGAGCGAGCCCGGCGUACCCUCCCCCAACGUUAGUUCGGCGCCAUCUCUCUCGGAUCGUAUCCGAUCGAUAUACUCUCGAGUGACAUCCCAUCCUCAAUUCAAGCUAUGGUUCACGCUUGCUGUUUUCAUCGUUUUCGUCAUACGUAUAAGUAUCUACCCCCCGCUGGCACUGUUUGUGUUGGGAGGUAUGUAUGCCGGCUUGUGGAUUCCUCAGAUCUACCGCUCCGCCAGGAGGGGACGGACGAGUGGCAUGAAUAUGGAGUAUUUGGUGGGAACGACGAUAUUGCGGCUGGCUAUUGCGUAUUACUUCUUAGCCUACAAGGGUAAUAUCUUGGAUAUAGAAGCAAAGGAGUGGUUCUGGCCCUUGGCGGCUGUUCUCGUUGCAGAAGUCCUCGUCAUCCGUUUGCAGGAAUUAUUCGGACCCGCUUUCUUCCUCCCGAAACGGCUCUCAAAUGUUCCCACUUACGACUACCACCCUCCCAUACCUCUGCCAGACCCCGAGGCACCGGAGCAGUCCUUGGGAGACUGUGCCAUAUGCAUGGACGCUAUCCUCGUUGACCCGGUCAAUUCGAAGAGAGCUAGGUCUAGCGAUGGUAAGGAGCCUGGGGACUUGGACCUGGGUGGCUUGCUGAAUAGGGUGAGCCGGGGUGCAUCCGGCGGGAGGAAGAAUUAUAGUUUGGCGCCGUGUCAUCAUUUGUUCCACACAGAGUGUCUUGAAAGGUGGUUGGCCAUCAAGAACAUAUGUCCUCAAUGUCGGAGACCUCUUCCUCCUCUGUAAUGGGUCUUCUAUACUAUACGGGUGUACCAUUAUAAUAUACAUUGCAUGUAAUCCUAUGGCACUCUGGAUU